GCACCUGCUGAUUACUGACUUACUGCAUUUAGCAAAUGCUUUUCUCCCAAAGAGACUUAGAGUGUUAAGAUAGUUGAGUUUAUUUCCUGCUCCCCAGUGAAAUAUAUAUCAGAAAUAAUGUUAUGCAGAAGACAUUUAUAUUUAAUACUAGUUUCUAUGAUGCUUUUCUCCUUAUUAUUUAUACAGCUGGGUGAUUUUACCAGACUAAGCCUGGUAAGUAGCAAGGUACUGCAACUGGGAUUUGAACCCGAGACCUUAAGGCUUGAGGCUUGACUUCUGACUCUUUGCUGUAACUGUUAAUUCCGACUGCCGAUCGUUUCGCCCGCGUUCGCUCAAGCGCGCCACGCGCGUCGCUGCGCGUUUAAGAGCGCCGCUGAGCGCGCGCACGCUUACGCAAACAGCGCGGCAGCCGCGCGGCUCUGCUUUAUUUAGGGCAGCGGGCGAUGACGUUGACUACGUAAAUGGCGCACGUCCAGCGGCCGUUCCGAGGCUCAGGAGGUGCACGGCGGCGGAGAGGGGCAGCGGGAAUAACGGCAACGUCCCCGAGUCAGAAAGCGACGGGGGGUAUUUAAAUUUGAAAAGAAAAGGAAAAAAGAAAAAAAAAAAAAAACAGCUGCCAGCCUCGCGGGACCCGCACUGGUCCAGAAACCGUCUCGCUAGGGGGGACUAAACAGUCACACCCGAAACGGGGAAAAAAGAAAAGGUUUUAAAAAAAAAAAAAAAAAAAAAAAAAGCAGCGCUGCUGAGGCGCCCGAGCGGCAGUCCCGGUUAGAGGAGCGUCAAAGUGGAGGCAGCGCGCGCGCGCCGAGGGCUGAUGCGAGCGAGUUACCGACCGACCGAGCGCGCGCGCGGCGUCAUGAAGACGCCGUGAGACUGAGCGGAGCGGCACAUUUUCUGACGGCUCUGUGUCUGUGCGGAGCGGGAGCGGCGCUGCGGCGGCGGCGGCGGCGGCGGUAGUGGUGGCAGCGGCGGUGUCCGCGACGGAGCCGUGGCGACGCGUGGCGUUGGUUGGCGAAGAGCCCGGCGGCGGCGUCUCGACUCAGUCACUCGGUCUGUCUCGCCUCCCCUUCUUCUCGUGCGCGCGAUCGCCCGCUUACCGCCGCCCUGGGGGACAUGCUGCUCGUGAUCGCGCGCGAGCGAGGGGAGUACUAGUCGGUAGUCGAUAGUCAGUAGCCGGGUUCGAUUCGGCCCCGUUCGGACGGAGCGGCGCGGCGCGGCGCGGGGUCUCGCAGCGGGCUGGACGGCGGAGGAUGAUGGGACGGACAGCGGGACACGGCAGGACGGGGACAUCAUCAUAAAGGGCAGUGAUGCCGGGGAUGGUUUUGUUUCGCCGGCGCUGGUCCGUUGGGAGCGAUGACCUGGUGCUGCCGGCCCUCUUCCUCUUCCUCCUGCACAGCGCCUGGCUGGUGGCGUUGUCCGUGGUGCUGUUCGGCCUGCCCUUCGGAUCCGGACAGUCGUGCUCGGUGACGCUGGUGGACCACGGCAGGGGCUACCUGGGCAUCCUGGUGAGCUGCCUCAUCUGCGAGAGCGUCAUCAUGUGGCUGAGCAUGAGAGGCAGCAUCCUGUACACGAAGCCCAGAGACGCCGUGGAGUAUGUGCUCUACAUCCGCCUGGCCAUCCUCCUGGUGGAGCUCGUCUACGCAGUGGUGGGAAUCGCCUGGCUGGUCCAGUACUACCAGCCCUGCUCUGACAUCACCGCCAAGAACCUGACACUGGGAAUCGUGGUGUGUAACUGGCUGGUGAUCUUCAGCAUGUGCUUCACCCUCAUGUGCACCUUUGACCCCACGGGGCGAACGUUCGUCAAGCUGAAAGCGACGCGCCGACGCCAGCGCAACCUCACCACCUACACGCUCAGACACCGGUUAGAGGAAGGCCAAGCCAGCAGCUGGUCCAGGAGACUCAAAUUCUUUAUGUGCUGCACCAGAGCGCAGGACUCGCAGUCGGACGCUUACUCCGAGGUGGCCAGCUUGUUUGCGGAGUUCUUCCGGGACCUGGACAUCGUCCCCAGCGACAUCAUCGCCGGACUGGUGCUGCUGAGGCAGAGACAAAGGGCGAAGAGGUCGGCCAUCCUGGACCAGGGCAACAACGACAUUCUGGCCUUCCUGUCUGGGAUUCCUGUCACGCGGAACACCAGAUAUCUGGAUUUGAAGAACUCGACAGAAAUGGCGAUGUACAGAGAGGUGUGUUACUACAUGCUGUUCGCCCUGGCGGCGUACGGCUGGCCCAUGUACCUCAUGAGGAAGCCGGCGUGCGGACUGUGUCACCUGGCCAGCUCCUGCUCCUGCGUGCCCGUGUCGGGCUCCCGUCUCUCCCAGUCCGUCACCGUGGAGGAAGACAACUGCUGCGGCUGCAACCUGCUCGCGAUCCGUCGACACUUCCUGGACCAGGACCUGAAACAGGUCCACAUCGUCUACACGUCCUGCCACGACGCGGUGUACGAGACGCCCUUCUUCGUGGCGGUGGACCACGACAAGAAGAAGGUUGUCAUCAGCAUCCGAGGAACCCUUUCGCCCAAAGACGCUCUCACCGAUCUGACCGGAGACUCCGAGCGCCUGCCGGUGGAGGAGCAGCACGGUACCUGGUUGGGCCACAAGGGCAUGGUGUACUCAGCGGAGUACAUAAAGAAGAAGCUGGAGCAGGAGAUGAUCUUAUCGCAAGCAUUCGGAAGAGAUCUGGGGAAGGGUACCAAGCACUACGGCUUGGUGAUAGUGGGUCACUCCCUGGGGGCGGGCACGGCUGCCAUCCUCUCCUUCCUGCUCCGCCGCCAGUAUCCCACGCUGCACUGCUACGCCUACUCGCCUCCCGGCGGCCUGCUCAGUGAGGAUGCCAUGGAGUACUCCAAAGAGUUCGUCACCUCCGUGGUUCUGGGGAAGGACCUAGUGCCAAGGAUUGGUCUCUCUCAGCUCGAAGGGUUCCGACGCCACCUGUUGGAGGUUUUGCAUAAGAGUGACAAGCCAAAGUGGAGGGUCAUCAUGGGGGGCACUAAGUGUAUCCCCAAAUCGGAGCUGCCCUUGGACGAUGGUCCCCAGCCCCAGAACGCUGCACCGCCCAGUGACCUUAGCAUUGCCCUCUCUGCGUCCACCCCCUUGUAUCCCCCUGGCAAAGUGAUCCAUGUGGUCCACAAUCACCCUCCAGAGAGAUGUUGUGGUCAAGAAGAACCAACCUAUUCCGCCCUUUGGGGGGACAACAAGGCUUUCGAUGAAGUCAUCAUCUCCCCCGCCAUGCUGAACGAGCACCUGCCCCACAUGGUAAUGGAGGGACUACAUAAGGUACUCGAGAACUACAACAAGGGAAAGACUGCCCUCCUGUCAGCUGCAAAGAUCAUGGUGAGCCCAACUGAGGUGGACCUCAACCCUGACACCAUCCUCAUGGGGCCCGUUGUGUCCGAGGAGCCGACGCCCAUCAGUCACCACCGUAGGAACAGCAGUGUCAGGUCUUGCGCCCGCUCCGAAAUCUCUCUGGACGGGUUCUCGGAGUGUCCCCCUCCCCCGGUUCCUGUGGUCCUGCGGGGGGCACGGGAGCGCCUCGCGGUGGAGCUGCGGGACCGGCGAGCCCCCCUGGCAGUGAUGGAGAGCCUGUCGGAUGCAGAGUCCCUCUACAGCCUGGACUCGCGCCGCUCCUCUACAGCCCUGCGCGGCUCCCCCAACCUGGGGGGCCUGCUCUUCCCACUGGACACCCCCAUCCCGGAGGAGAACCCCUCCCUCAGCUCCCGCACCGAGCUGCUGGCUGCCGACUGCCUCAGCCAGGCAACCCCCGCGCGGGAGCUGGGGGAGCAUGGGCCCUACUCCACCCCCCCGGACUCUGGCACCACGCCUCACUUCCCGUACCGACUUUCCCCCGCUACCCCCCGCUACAGCGGCUACUUCUCCCCCGUCCCUCUGGCCCAGACUGUCAUAGGUCAGUCAUUCCACCAGGGGGCAGCAUACCCGUUCUCCUCCUCGGAGACUGGUGGCAGGGUCCUCGCACCGUCACCUACCCAGACUGGCCGGAGGAAUGCGCAGGGCGAGGAGGAGAGCAUCACUGUGGGCUCUUUGGCGAAGAAAGACAGGGGGGAAACACCAUCGAGGGGGGGGACAGAGCGGCAGUUGCCCGCGCUCGCGCCUCCGCUGCCCAACGGAGCCCCAAGCCAGGCCGUGCUGGAGUUCGCCCAGUACCUGGACUCCCUCUUCAAGCUGGACGGCAGCGCUUCGCCGACGCUCGAGCUCUCGGAUGAUGAGUCGGAGUCCGGGAGAGGCUCGUACGUCCAGGAGGAGCGGGCGGGGGAGCAGCACCUGCUGGCACGUGCCACCCUGGAGCCCAACCUGGUCCCCAAACCUCCUCGCACGUUCGCAGGCUCCGCCGACCCCUCCUCCGGUAUCUCCCUUUCGCCCUCGUUCCCCCUGUCCUCGUCGGGGGAGCUCAACGACCUGUCGCCCGGAGACGGCGUGCACCCGGCCAGCGACGCUCUGCGAACUCCUGCCUCUUCUCCGUACUCUGGAGAAAAGACACUGUCAUCUAUGGUGUAACUCCUGCCUUCUGGCUCGCUUUCUCUCCACCUCCUCCGCCUCCACCUCCACCUCCACCUCCUCCUCCACUUCUGCUUCUAAGUGUGGCCGCGGAGCCUGUGCUCCGCCAGCGCCCCCUGGUGGUCCCUCAGUAACGGGCCGGCGCUUCGCUGUUGGUCGGAGGCCGCAGCUCCUUCGGCGAGCGAACGCUCACCAGCCACCUCUUCCGUGCGACACGUCGAAGGUGGACAGGGCGGGUUGCUGACCCAACGUCCAGGACGCCGUCUUUACGAGCCCCACUCUGUAUUUGCACAAAUGGGGUUUUAACCGAUGGCCCUCUAUUUAAUGAGAAAAGGGGCUUUAUGACCCGACUGCCCACGUUCCACUUGAGCAGUACGCCACAGAACCCCCUUCCUCCUCCUCCAGAGAGUACACACACACACACACACACACACACACACACACACACACACACACACACACACACACACCGAUGUGUGCGACUGAGGGAUUACACACAGCCAAAGGGGUGCCACAAAUACCAGGAGCCGCGCUCAUCCACACGCGUCGCAGAGGAGAUCGGGAAACACACACAGCUAGAGCGAGGAGUGGAGUGUCAGAUGUUCACUCAAGCACAGACCACUGGAGACGUUAACACGCCCGGCCGUACGGGUCACUCGAAAUUCGCAGGUGACGUGAGACCUACCUGCCAACGCGACGCCGUGCGAGACGUAAAACACAGGUAACACACCACCCAUAGGCGAUGUUACACACUCCCACUAACACAGAGGUGAUGCCACACACUCCCGCUGGCACACACGUGACAUUAUACAUACCAAGCAGUGGAGGUGGGUCUGGGAACAUCUCUUUGACAAUAUAAAGCUGGAAGAGAGGAGGAGAGAAAGGAGAGAGAGGUGGGGAGAAAGGAAAAUUAAAGGGAUGAAGAACUAUUUAUAUAUAAAUAUAUAUAUAUGUAUAGUGAGAGUGUUUACACACAAUUCCUCAGGUUAACAAAGAGACAGAGAAAACUGAGACGCUCGGCUCGGCAAAAGGAAACGAAACCGAGCUGUUCUGUCAAGACUCGAGAGUAACCGAAGUGGUUUUCAGACGAUGGCAAACAACAAGAUAUGUGCAAUAUACUGCAUUUGUUUGCUCUUUCCCAGGUUUGCCUACGUCUGUGUUGUGCAUUUUGCUUUAUUAUGUAGGAAAGUAAAAGAUAUGAUACUUACUACAUCAUCCGUACCUUCAGAAAAAAGCUUGUAUUGCUCCUGCCUACACACACGCAGACACACACUUAAAUACCUUGCCCCUUUUGCCAAAUGUAAACCUCUUGCCAAAUGUAAUUAUAAAGGUGUCAUGCAUAUGUAUAGAAGUUGUGCGAAAGUUGAACAAACAGUUAAGGCAGCGGAGUCCACGUGGACUUUCCCUUCCAGGUCGGUUGUAGGGACGCGCAGCACAGCGUCGAAUCUGGACUGCGCUGGGUCUGGACUGUCUGGCCAUCUAGGCUGCUUUUCCAAAUGCCAAUAAUGUAACACUGCCACACGUUGUUGGAGAUCACUGAGCUCUCUGGCUCUGAACCUAGGAGCCAGGGUGCUUUUUUUUUAGUUCUCUUUUCAGUGUGCAUCCCACACCUGCCAGUAGGAGGCGCUCACCAGUUCAUCAGGUAAUGGGACCUACGACCCAAGGGAUAGUGCCAUGACCCUAGUCAGUCUUAAGUGUGUUUGAAUUACAGCUGGAAAGAGCCAGCAUUUUCUUCUUUUGUUCUUUAUAAAUUUUAGAAAUGAGUGGCAGCUUCAUAUCUAUGUAUUUAUUAAUGGUUUAUUCAUGAAUGUCUUAAUUUAUGGUUAUGAUUAUUGUUGUUAUUGGCAUUUUUAUACUGUUGAGUUGCCUUUUUAUGAUGUGAAUGGAGUGUUUUUGUGGAGAGAGGGUUUCUGGACAGCAGCUCCCCCCCCUUUCAAAUGAAAGAGUACAACUCUGGGCUCUGACACCUACUGAUGCACUCCUGUCAGUCACAGGAAACUUCUGGAACACAAUCCCGCAGAAGUGUGCUCCCUUUAAUAAAUGUGUCGCAGUCGUCAGCGUGGGCUAGUGAGCUGCCAGUGCGCCCCUCCGCCCCCCCUGUGUGAAACACCAGGGCCGAUGAGGCGUGUACCCUUAUGUUUACCGCUGUAUCACUGAGACUGCCCUGGUCCUCUUCCACACUGACUGCACAGCACUUCUCUGCAUUUAUUUAUAUCUGUACAAAUGGUCUUGUUUCUAAAUACUGUAUAUAAAACUUAUGCCCAUAGGAAAUCAUGUCGAAACAGUACUAGAUGUUUUAUGAUCAUUACCAUAUUUUAAAUCUAUAUCAUUAUUGACAUGCAUUUAUAUAUAAUAUAUAUAAUAUAUAUAAAGAGAAUGUGUAUGACGUAUCAAAUCCAUAUAGUAAAAAUUAUAUGAGAGGUUUACAGAGAGAGAUAUCUAUGUAGAGAACUACAGUAAGUCUGUUAGCCUUUGCUUCUUCUAUUUUUCCCUUCCUUCUACAAUUUCCCUGAAACCUUUCUAUUCGAGAAUGAGAAUGUAUUUCUAUACCCCUUUCCAGCCCCCCAUGCACACUGGUCUGCUGUAAUGAAAUAAAGCGAAACCAGUCUCAAAACAUGGUAAAAACACUCAGUUGCUUGACGAUUGCUUUUUUGCAACUGCCAUUGUCACUGCAGAAAAUGAGUUUUGAUCCACUUAAGACAUCAAGAGGUGUGACUUUUCAUCUACUUGCUUGGGCAGAAACACCAUUUAUAAAAGUGAUGAAUUAUCUGUUGAAUAUAGUUGUGAAACCAAAGCUAUUCUAUGUAACAAUGCAACUUUUACUGCUUUACUCUCACAAGGUGCUGGUGAUAUCCACACCAGGUCUUUGUUUCUGUGUCCAUUUUUUUUAAAAUGAGAAAGAAUGAACUUGCUGUACAAAAUUAAUGUUUAGGAAGUGAAAUUGGACAUUAAUGCAGUAAUGGGUGUUUAGUUACAAUUGUAGCUGUACUGUAAAGCCAGGUACCGCACCUGAGACUGACUUCACAUUUCACUUUGAGACUUGAUUAUAGAACUGAAGACUUGCUUGAGAAAAUGAUACAUACAUUAAUCUGUAAUGCUCUGCCAAACUUCUACUUCAUGCUAUAGCAUGCAAAAUUUGUUGUUCUUGCUGCAAUUCAUUAAAAAGACUGCCAAGGUGU